AUGGAACAAGAUGCCGAACUCAUGGAAAGCCACUUUACCCAUCCGCACUCGCCACUCCUCGCAGGCCGUCGAAGACCUCAUCAUAGCGCUAGACAAAUGCAUCCUCGGCUCCUGCAUUCCUCCACGCCCUCAUUCUUCGACGUCGACAUCUAUCUUAACCGGCGUCGGGAUAUGGUGUCGCGUAAUAUGGAGACUACGCUUGUGCGAAUGGUCUGGGAGUGCGAACUCGAUUGUGAUGAGGACGAGGAAGAGGCACUGCCUCGAACAGCUCCCGGGCAUACAACGGAGGAGAUUGCUUUGUGGGCGGAAAUUAGGGAGGAGUGGAAAGCAUGGAGGUCCAUCAAGGAGGUUGAGCAGAUACUGAGAGAGCUGGAAGCGAGGAUUAACAAGACGGUGGUUGUUGAGAUUGAAAGAAUGUUGGAAUGGGAUCGGCGGAAAGAGGCGAGGAGGAAAGAAAGGGAACUCAAAGUUUCGCGCCUCCUCGCUGUCGCGUGGAGCACUCGGGACGAGAGCGAUAGUGUGCGGUUGAAGGAACUAUGGGAACCCGAAAUUAUCGCCCCACCAUCUACAGCGACGGAUAGUUUUGAGUUCGAUACCCUCGGGCUAGCAAUGGGCGUUAAAGAGAUGUCGGACUGGCACUUUGAGGGUGCGAUUCCGGAUGGACUGCUCAACCACGCAGCCAACAUCAAGGUUAAGCUACCACGAGCGACUAGUCUGGCCGAUAUGAAGAAGACGCGGCGCGAGUUUGAUCCCCUGGGGAUUGAGCAGCUCAAGGAGUACCUGAAGAGGUUCCCAACGCCAACUGCUGCGUUCUGGAGUAUUGCGGGUGAAGGCAAGAGGAAAUUGGCGGAUACCGAGCGGCAUAUGGGAAUGAUUGCAAGAGAACGUAAGCGCGUGAAACUCGGGCAGAGCCACGACAAAGACGUAGCGAUGAAUGACGUGCCUGAUGGACAAAGCGCCACUGCUACUCCGACACUUCGGUCAGCAGAAUCUUCAGAAUUGAACGCCGGUUUGGGCGCAAGGGAAACCGAGGAAGAACCUACGAAGUCUCAGGACCAGAACACUAUGGAUGAAACGGAUGAUGUACCUGAUAUGCCGUCAGUAUCUACCACCACUUCCGCUUCCGCAUCUACACCAUCACAGUUGGCACAGACUCCACUCGAGCCAAUGUCAUCGGCCAUAGCAACGAACACUACACCGCAACAGGAGCAAUCGGGAACGCAAAACGAGCCUGAAAUCCUUCGGCCUGUGCUAUCAACAGGUGAACCAGCAAGUGCUGCACCUUUACCAUCACAACACCCCGUGGUAGCAGCCUCGAACACCGAUCUCACACAGCCUAUCGCUCCCGCCAACGUGGAUGAAGACGGCAACACCGCCAUGUCCGAUGAAGAGACGACUUCCAUGACCUCAACCGCAUCGACCGCUUCGUCCAAAAAGCGGAAGGCGCCAUUGAAUCUCGACGAUAACUAUGACGCCUACUGGACGCCCACAAAGCGGGCCAAGAAACUACUGCCACGCCGCAUGGCCGUGGGUCCAGUCCAGGUCCCGAUCAUUCAGGCUGUCAGGUCAAAUAUGAGGAGGCUGCAGGAUGAUUUGCGCCGUGGGUUGGGUGUCGGGCCCUCUGCGGGCUGCGGCGUGAUGUGA